UGAACWUAUCGGCACUCSUACUUUUUAUUUGAAAACGACAAAUUCAUUUUCAAAUAUAUAUACGAAGACAACCAUGAAACUCUCCAUUGCCCUUUCAUCUCUGCUCCUCGCAACCGGUAUGUCAAGAACUAUUYGUGGAUUCUAUUUUGAUUUAUGUAACGUAAAAUCGAAGAUUCGAUGUCGUCGUUUUCUUUGCGACCGAGAGGUCGAAUAGAAUCGAAUCGACGCGUAUGAAAUCCGGUUCUCACUUCGGCAUAAACGCGAAACAUCACACGCCAGAUACUAACCUUUUUUCCCUGCUCCUUCGGAUCACUACCAUUUCUUGCUUAUCCAAGGGUCAGCCUUUGCUCCCUCUCGUCAGAGUCGCUCGUCGUCGGCAUUGCAGGCGUCGAUUCAGUCAAUCCAAGCCMGAGAAAUUCUUGACUCCCGUGGAAACCCUACCGUCGAGGUAGAGGUCACUACGGAGCAGGGUUUGUUCCGUGCUUCCGUUCCUUCUGGAGCUUCGACCGGUGCGUAUGAAGCCGUCGAGCUUCGCGACGGGGGCAGCCGAUACCUCGGAAAGGGUGUGCUGAAGGCCGUCGCCAACGUCAACGACGUCUUGGGACCCGCUGUCAAGGGCAUGGACGUCACCGACCAGCAGGGCAUUGAUGACGCUAUGCUUGCCAUCGACGGAACRCCCAACAAGGCAAAYAUGGGUGCCAAUGCCAUUUUGGGAGUCAGUUUGGCCGUUUCCAARGCCGGAGCYGCCGCCAAGAACGUCCCGCUUUACCAGCACUACGCCGAGCUGGCCGGAAAUGRUGAGGAAAAAUACACCAUGCCCGUUCCCUGCUUCAAUGUCAUUAACGGUGGAUCRCAUGCCGGAAACAAGUUGGCCUUCCAAGAAUAUUUUGUCAUUCCCACYGGUGCCGAAACAUUUUCCGAGGCCAUGCAAAUUGGAUGUGAGGUUUACCACACCCUUGGAAAAAUCAUYAAGAGAAAGUUUGGAGGUGAUGCUACCUUGAUUGGUGACGAGGGUGGUUUCGCUCCUCCGUGUGACAACAGAGAGGGGUGCGAACUUAUCAUGGAGGCCCUCAAAGAAAGUGGCUACGAGGACAAGUGCACCAUUGGUUUGGACGUUGCCGCAUCAGAAUUCAAGGUCAAGGGAGAGGACGGUUACGAUCUCGACUUUAAGUACGACGGAAAUGUCAUCACUGGAGAAGCUCUUGGAAACCUUUACCAAGARUUGGCCGCCGACUAUCCCAUUGUCACUAUCGAAGAUCCCUUCGACGAGGACGACUGGGCCAGCUGGUCGCAAUUUACCGCCAAGAACUCCGAACAAUUCCAGGUCGUCGGUGACGAUCUCACCGUGACAAACAUCGAAAAGAUCGGUCGUGCCGUCGAGGAAAAUUCCUGCACYUGCCUCCUUCUUAAGGUCAACCAGAUCGGAUCUAUUUCCGAAAGUAUCGCCGCCGUCAAGAAGGCCAAGCAAGCCGGAUGGKGAGUCAUGACAUCGCACCGUUCGGGAGAGACAGAAGAUACCUACAUUGCCGAUCUAGCCGUUGGUCUUUGCACCGGUCAGAUCAAGACGGGUGCUCCUUGCCGAUCAGAGCGUCUCGCCAARUACAACCAGUUGCUCAGAAUCGAAGAAGAGCUCGGCGCCGAGAACACCGUAUACGCUGGAAAGGGUUUCCGAACAACUGCAUGGAUGGGAAACUAAGUAACGAAUAAUUUGAUUAAUGUCUC